GCGUCAAUUUGCAAUAGAAAGAUUAUCGACAAUUUCUGAAUAACUUCGACCUCCCUCCGAAUACCCAUCCUACAUCGACAAAAUGGGUCACCCAGCAGGUCUCCGCGCCGGUACUCGGUAUGCAUUCAGCAGAAACUUCAAGGAUCAUGGUAUGAUCAAGUUGUCGACCUACUUGAGACAAUACAAGGUCGGUGACAUUGUUGAUAUCAAGGCAAACGGUGCCGUUCAAAAGGGUAUGCCACACAAGGUUUACCACGGAAAGACUGGUGUCGUCUACAACGUCACCAAGAGCGCCGUUGGUGUUAUUAUCUACAAGAAGGUUAAGCACAGAUACAUCGAGAAGCGUGUCAACCUCAGAAUCGAGCACGUCUCCCUCUCCCGCUCAAGAGAGGAGUUCGUCCGCAGAGUCAAGAAGAACGCCGAGUUGAAGAAGCAAUCGAAGACCGACGGUACCCACGUUCACUUGAAGAGACAGCCAGCCAUGCCAAGAGAGGCCAGAACCAUUUCGAUGAAGGAUAACGUACCAGAGACAAUUGUACCAAUCGCAUACGAGACGACUAUCUAAGCUCUGGGCUGGGGUUUGUUUGGGUUUCUUUGCGGGAUAUGAUACAAUGAGGGUCAGAGGCUUCUAGCGUUGCAUGAUAAAAAUUACAUAUGUGCAAUACCUUCAAGAAUCUGAAAGGUUUCCAACAGCAUUCGAUGUUACGCAUGGUCAUGUGUUUGCAGCAAAUUACAGUGAACAACAAUUUUUUCUAUGUCUUCUUCCCCCAUCUCUCUAUUCCUCCGGAGCCGUAUUUGUCACGCUUAGGUAGAAGAUUUCCCACUUCUCCGAAGCCCUCACAAGUGUUCCAAGAACAACCCCAGUCGAGUUUGGCGUUUGAUCAUCCAGAGUCUCCUCUGUUCUGGAUGCAGCCUCAUUUGAAUACAUUACAAUCCCCCCUACCCUUUUCCUUUCUUUCUAUGAUGCACGCCAUUAACCAGAUCUACUCUGAGUUCCCUAUACUUGUCUCACAAUGUAGAGUCUAGAUUGGUACAGUUUUACAUGAUGGUUCAUAGCCUAGUUUAGGUGUUGAGAGAAUGAAAAUUAUACCACCA